UUCUCAUGAUAAGGAAGGCAGGGCCGAGCUGCUGCUCUGCAAACAGCUCAACUCUUUGGAAGAGAGCAGGGCCGGCUGGAGCACAAUACAGGACGGAGCCUCUGUGGGAGAGCGACUGAAGAACAACGGGGCAGCCAAGGAGACCACAGAAAUACUCUUCCCCAAAUCCCCAAGUCCGCACAGAGAGAGGAGACAAAGACGGUGCAGAGAGCAACAAAAGCAUUCUUUGCUUUCAGUUCAGCAGCAAAAGAGACAAAAAAAAAAUAAAAAUAAUAAACUGAGCAAGAUCAUUUUCCCUUGAGAUCCAAAUUGAAGGAGAUAGGCGUGACAGUUGCAUUUGUAAUCAGAGCAACAUCUCCAAAAAACAAGGUGAGGGCCAGAGGAGCUGUGCUGCAUGAAGGACGGAUCUGUCUGGAGGACAACGAACUCAGAGACAGGAUGAGGGCGACGCUGACCGUCACCUGGCUGCUGCUUUCACUGAGCAUCUGUUCAGAGAGCAGCGGCGUUUCCACCACAAAACCAGAUGAAACAGGGAAACCAACAAGUGCUUCUACUGUUACAUCUGCUUCAAUCAUUGCCCCAGGCUCACCACAAUCCAGUCAUGAGUCUAAAAAGCCAACGAGUGAAGCCCCGUCCAUAGGAACGACUCAGCAGCAACCCACAACGGUCACUAACAACCUUCCCACUGUAGCAGCAGCAAACACUACUACAGCACAGUCAAAAACCAAUACACAGAUCUUAACCACACCUGCCACCACGUCUGGUGCCAUCAAUCCUCCAACCACCACUGUCACCACCUCCAUUACGACUGUCAUCUCUACCUCGACAACAAACCAAGCUAUAGGGAGUCCUGACAGCAACAGCAAUUCAGUGUUGACUACAGCUACUGUGUCCAACAGAGGUACUGUGGCAUCGACCUUAAAACCAAGUGAAAAUGCUAUGGAGAAGACAACCAACACAGCUGGUCCACCGGUGGGGCCAACGUCUCAGAGGAGCCAAGCAACAUUGACGGCUGCCAGCAGCAACGAGGGCAGCAAAGCAGGUCCCACUCCACAGACUGUGACAAAGACGGGGUUAGAGUCGACUGCACCUUCAAACUCCAACCAGGUCCCAGAGAGGAGCUCCACUUCCAGCCACACUCCGACUGCAAAAGACACUCUUGUCAUCACUCAAAGCCCGACCCCUGCAGCCAUGACAUGGCCUGGGGUGACUGAGACAAACACUGAGACAUUUCUGUUUUCUCUGAGCGAUUCAGAGUCAACGAAAAACAAAACUCUGGUGCAAUUGUGCAAGAGCUUCAUGUCCAGCCUGCGUAACAGUACCUGCAUCGCUACGCUGCAGAACAACGGGAGUAAGAUUGGCAGUUUGAUGAUUGAAGUCGACAUCAAUCUGGUACAGGAGCAACUUUCAAAACUCAAAGAAGAAAAAAAACCUGCCGAAGAACCGACAGACAACAAAACCCUGACAGCCAUCCUGGCCUCAUGUGGAGCCCUACUCAUCAUGAUCAUCAUCCUGGGCGUCUGCGUGUCCCAACGCCGCAAGCCGUACAACGAGAACCAGCUGCACCUGACCGAAGAGCUGCACACGGUGGAGAAUGGUUACCAUGACAACCCCACGCUGGAGGUGAUGGAGGUACAGCCAGAGAUGCAGGAGAAGAAGAUGGCGCUGAACGGGGAAUUCAGCGACAGCUGGAUCGUCCCCAUCGACAACCUGAUGAAGGAGGACGCGCCCGAUGAGGAGGACACCCACCUGUGAGGACAAGGCUGCUGGACCCGGGUUCCACCCACUCCCACAGCGCACCGUUGGUGUUUGAAACAGUGGCAAAAUCAACAUACUGAGCUAAAUUGAAAAACUUCACCAAAUCAAUCACUGACUAUGACAUUUCUCCAAAAAUCUACUAUGGUUGACAUUCUGCUCCCCCAGGCCACCCUGUCAGUAUAUCAGUGAGUGUCUGACAAACAAUCAUGCCUUUUGAAAACCAGCUAGAAUGUCUGCUUAGAGAAUUGGAAAUAUGGAAAUAUGUUAUGGAAAACUCACUCAUGUGCCGCUCAUUCUCACACGCCGCUCUGGGUGAAGAGCCACGCUCUGUCUGCAUGUCAAAAACCACCACUGCCCACUCACAAAAGUAUCAAUCACUUACUGGACCUGUAAUUUAUGAAAAGAAAUGGGACGUAAAAGCCCAGAAACAUGGUUCUGUUCCCGGUCCGGCUGGGUAACUGGGUUUCUGAUCUCCUCGGCUGGUCCAGAGUUUUAACUUAGACGACGUCAGGAUACUUUAAAGCAUUCUGGUGAUCCAGAAGACGGCUGAACAGACACAGCUGAGCACUAACAUCUCACCUGGGGAAGCCCAGCCUGUACAGGCAGAUCAAAUCAGAUCAGUAGGAGUCAGAUUACUGACAAGGUCACAUGUGAAUAUUAUGCUUUUUAGCUCCUUGUUUAUUAUGUUUUCAAUCAAUUAAGACAGAACACUGAUUAAAUUUGAUGAAAUAUCUGCUCUCAUGCAGUAGGUGUUCAUGAGUGGAAGUUGUCAAAGUGUUCUGCAAAUAGAGGCUUGACUGCCAACUUUUGCAAUGUCUGCUUGCAUUUAUUAUAUGUUUUGUCAGAUUAUUUGAUAAUUCGUUUGAAAGUUACAGGGUUUAAAGUCACGAGCUCUCUGACAAUCAGAUCUUGUUUCAGUUGGAGCUUUGGAUGGGAUCGUUUUGCAGCACUGACAGACCAAGCUCCCAGAAACAUGUGCUUUAGGAAUUAAACAGUAAACAAAACAUCACUGAACUGUUAUUCACAUAGGAUCAAGGUUAAAUAGAACAAGCAUAAAACUUUCAUUGAAAUGUAAAAUAUUACUUUGCACCUGCCACCUUUAGCUGCUGUUGGGUUUAUGAAGUAGCAACGUAACUUCAUCUAAUACUGCAGUUGAAAACUACCACUAGAACCGCUUUCAACUCCACUCAGUCAUGAAUCCAAUCAUCUGUGUGGUGUGAUCAUGAAUGUGCUACAGAAACAAAAUGGAAAAAGAGACAACACUGAAAAAAUUAAAGAAUUGUUUUGCAUCUAAAAUUAUAUCUCAUGACGUUCCAAUGUCAGAACUAGUAAAUCCAUGGCCUUGUACCUCACAAAUUUCUGAGAUGUGAUCCGGGUUACAUCCUGUUAGGAGGCAGAGCAGGGAACGCUCCAGAACUUUGCUCUACUGGUACUGGCCGUCUGACAUCUGAAUAGAUGUCAGUGUCUUAUUUUGCUCUACCACUUGGUACCAUCUUAUUGAAUUAAUUUUGCUCCAGAUGAUUUCUGAUAGUCCAGAAAAGCACAUGAAGAAUUCCCUCAUGGAUAUAAAUAGAGCUGCACAAUAUAUGGAAUGCAAAUUCAUAACCACAAACUGUUGGGAUGCAUUUGGUAAAGGAAAAUACAGGAUCAGCCACAAUGGAAUUCAAUGCUUUCCUGAUAUUGUGCAAUUCUGGAAAUGUCAAUGUGUAACAUAUGUUGAAAACAAAUUUAGAAUAUAGAACUACCAUCAGAAUUUUGAGACAAAUUGUUCCAAGUGGAUAGAAAAGUGUUUAGUUUCCAGUGGAAGGCUGACCUGCUUCUGGGUUUAUUCAAACUGGAGAUGUUGAGAGAGUUAAGAAAUCUACUGCUGCCCACUCCACUGGAGAAGAAAAGAAUCCAUUUUCUCACUCAAAGCUAAUAUGAGAAAGCCUGUACAUAGCUGUAGGAUUCAUGUUGUUUUUAAAAGAUGUUGCUGAUAUUAAAGAAAUCAAAUCACAUUUAUUUGGAGACCAUCACACAGAAGAAGCCAAUUAUUUUUUUCUAGUUUUGAUCUUUUUCAACCAAUCAAGAACUUAAUAUAUAUUUACCUUCUAGCUACAUAUAUAGAGGAAAAUCAGUCACUUUGGGCUCUCCAGUCCAAGGCCCCCAUUCUGCUGUUUUUCUUGUGUGUAAAAUUUCACUUUUGUUAUAGAUGUGCUACUUUCACCAGACUAUGUUAGCAUUCUUUAAUGUAUUUAUGGUUUGUUUGUUGCUGAAGGCGAACAGGGGUCUGACACACUGGAAACUGUAAAUUGUUGAUGGCUCUUGCCAUCGUCUUCUUGUAUCUGUUCAGAUUUGAAAAUAAAAAAAACCUUUUUUUUUUCCUAU